AUGGCGCCAACGGCCGUCUCGUCAAUGGACACCAAACCGUCACCGCUCGGUGAGUGUGUCGUGUACCUCGGCGUGCUCAACUACUUCUUCACCGUGGACGAGGCGACGCCGGUCGUGUCGAGGAUCGGCACAGUUAUAGGCCACCUGCAGCUCCGCAUUACGCCGUACGACGAGUUCGUGCCCUACGAGCACACCGAUGUAGAUAGCACCGAGGAGCAGGUGUAUGAGUACAUGGAUCGCCCGCUGCAGUACCGCGUGGAGCUUCGCCGGCUCAGCCAGCUCGCGCCGCAGCGAUUCUCGCAUCUUUCGCUGCGCUACACCUUCUUCCGCGAGACGAGCACCCAGACGCCGAGGUUUCAGGUCGACGCGAACGGCGACUCGGGCCCGCUCGGCCUGGAGUUUCGGCACGUGGUGGACGUCAGCGACGCACUGGUCAAGUAUGUGACCGGCAGUACCCUCUCGAUUGAGGUGCGUGCGUGGGCUUCCGAUCAUCUCGUGCCUGACACUGACCUCGUCGUCUGCGCGCAGCUUCUAGGCCACACGAGCGCCGAGUGA